GUUGUUCAUUAACGUACGGAGGACAGGUAGACCAGCCCGUACCCAGGUGGAGGAUUAUUGAUCGAAGGCUUUCACCAAGGGAACAACUGCUGCGAAGACUGUGUUGCUUGUUUUUUUUAUUCAACUUCUUUCUUUUGUGUUUACUGAAAGAAGAUCUCAGACAAACGUUUAUUUUCACCUGUGUCCUGGAUGCUUGACAGCGAAUUAAGAGACGGUGUGACUUCUGCUUAGUCACUGAGGAGCCCUUUUUACUUUUGUCUUUGGACUCAUGUCAUCAGUGGAGAGGAUCUGUUCGGGUGGACGAAUGUAAAGACCUCCUGUAAACACAUUGUUUUGAUAUGUAGUUGACAAGUGUGGAAGAGACAAGACAGGGAAAAAGAAAAGAAAAAGGAAAAUCUCGAGGAUCAAUAUGCGCAGCUCACACUGUUUGUUUUACCUGGGAAUGUUGAUUGUGGUGGUGGUCGCCAACAAGAUGCUGGAUGACUGCUUGUCAUGGAAACGUAAGUACACCAUGAAUGUUGUGCUGCUGGAGGACAACACGUACGCGUGGAGUCGACCCUUCGUGGAGGAAGCCGUGAAGCGAGCCAUCGAAGAGGACAGACUGGAAAACAUUAAACAUGAUUUAAACUUCACUUUGACGGCCAACUACAAUGGAUUCAACACCACCCUGUACAACCGGCAGGGCUGUGGGAGCAGCACCUGUGAAGGAGUGGCAAUAUUCAAGAAGCUGCAUAAUGAUGGUGAAAUUGGAUGCGUCAUGCUGGGGCCUUCCUGCACUUAUGCCACCUACCAGUUAGUGGAUGCAAACAGUGGCCUGACCCUGAGCAUUCCCGUCAUCUCUGCCGGGAGCUUUGGCCUCUCGUGCGACUAUCAACCCAAAGUGACUCGAAUUUUGCCUCCAGCACGCAAGAUCUCAGACUUGCUGUUUCACUUUAUUCGUGAAACCUUGUCAUUUAAGACAGCCUGGGAGAGGACGUAUGUCUACAAGAAGCCACACAACGUAUCUGAGGACUGCUUUUGGUACAUCAAUGGACUGGAAGCGGCAUCGGCCAACUUUGCCAAAAAUGGUAAGAGAGAGAUGCUGCGUGCGGAAAAUGAUAUGAUCUCUGCCGUCAUCGACGAGAAAAGACACAGCAACAUUUUCAUCAUGUGUGGGAGCCCUGAGGACAUUAUUUCACUGAAGAGUAAGGUGAAGGGUAAGAUUCCUGAGGAAAUCGUGUUCAUUCUCAUCGAUGUGUACAACCCGGACUAUUACAUCAACACAACAUCCACUGAGGGGAUGGAGAACGUGCUGGUGAUCACCCUGCCGCCGAGGAAUUACACCUCUGGGUCCAACUCAACAUACAAUAACACGAUAAAUGACUAUGUGGCUGGGUAUCAUGAUGGGGCUCUGCUUUUUGGCAAAGUGCUCAGAGAGAGGAUGCUCGCUCGCCAGCGUGGAUCUGCUGAUGUGCCUUUGAGCUACAACCCCUUUGGAAACGCCUCUUUCUAUGGUAUGGGAGGACACUAUGUGCUUGAUGAGUAUGGUGAUCGAGAUGUUAACUUCUCAGUCAUAUAUACAUCAAAAGACAACAAGUACGAAAUCCUGGCAGUUUUUGACACAUCAAUAAAUAAAACCACAUACGAAAGUGAAAACCCAUCCCUGACCUGGACAGGUGGCAAACUGCCCUCUGAUGUGCCAAAGAAGUCACAAGUUUUGAACUUGCAGGAUGUGAUCAUGAUCGUUCUGAGCUUCAGUGUUAUCGUGGUGACAGCCAUUGCUCUCAUCUUCUACAGGCAGAACAGGAGAGAGCGUCUUCUGCAGAAGAAGUGGUCUCAUAUCGACCCACAUCUGAUUGGCCCUCUGGAUGAGAAGGAGGUUUCUCUGAAGAUUGAUGACGAUAAGAGGAAGGACAGCACGUACUUCAGACACCGAGGCCGCUAUGACAAGAAGCCUGUGAUAUUGAAAGAGCUGAAGCAAGCAGAUGGAGACUUCUCAGAGGACCAGAGGAUUGAGCUCAACACCCUGCUGAGAAUCGAUUAUUACAACCUGACCAAGUUCUACGGUACGGUGAAGUUUGAGUAUGCUGUCUUUGGAGUGUUUGAGCUCUGUCAGAGGGGCUCCCUAAGGCACAUUCUGAGCGACAAGAUUUCCUACCCAGACGAAACCUUCAUGGACACGGAGUUCAAGAUAUCAGUCAUGUAUGACAUUGCAAAGGGCAUGUCGUACCUUCACUCCAGUAACAUUCAGGUCCACGGUCGCCUCAAGUCCACUAACUGCGUGGUCGACAACCGCAUGGUGGUCAAGAUCACCGACUUUGGCUGUCACACAAUCCUCAAUCCAGGCAGAGACUUGUGGACGGCCCCGGAGCAUCUUCGUAAAGACGGGGUGUCACAGAAAGGCGAUGUCUACAGCUAUGCCAUCAUCGCCCACGAAAUCAUUCAUAGGAAGACCCCGUUCUAUACGCAGUUCUGCUCGAAUCCUACAGAGAAGCUCUACAGGGUGCAGUUCCCCAUGGGGAUGGGCUACUUCAGACCUGAUCUCAACUUUGAUGGUGCAUCAGAGGGGGAGGUCGAGCUGUACAUGCUGAUAAAAAACUGCUGGGAUGAAGACCCAGAACGGAGGCCAGAUUUUAAGAGAAUAGAGUUAUCUCUGGGGAAAAUUUUCAGUAACCUGCACAAUCAAGCCACUGAGACAUACAUGGACAACCUGAUCCGUCGCCUGCAGAUGUACUCCAGGACGCUGGAGCACCUGGUGGAGGAGAGAACCUCUUUGUACAAAGCCGAGAGGGACAGAGCUGAUCGCCUCAACUUUAUGCUACUUCCUGGCCCAGUGGUGCGUUCACUGAAGGAGACAGGCAAAGUGAAACCAGAGCUGUUCGAGGAGGUCACCAUCUAUUUCAGCGACAUCGUGGGAUUCACCACCCUCUGCCACUACAGCACUCCCAUGGAGGUGGUCGACAUGCUCAACGACAUCUACAAAAACUUCGACAGCAUCCUCGACCAUCACGAUGUCUACAAGGUUGAGACGAUAGGAGAUGCCUACAUGGUUGCGUCAGGUUUGCCCAAACGCAACGGCGACAGGCAUGCGGUGGACAUCGCCCUCAUGGCUCUGGACAUGCUGGCUUUUGUAGGGUCGUUUGAGUUGCUCCACCUUCCUGGCAUCCCUCUGUGGAUCCGUAUUGGUGUGCAUUCAGGACCGUGUGCAGCAGGAGUGGUGGGGAACAAGAUGCCUCGCUACUGUCUUUUUGGAGACACGGUCAACACCGCUUCACGCAUGGAGUCCACAGGCCUGCCCCUGAGAAUUCACAUCAGCCAGUCCACUAUCAACAUCCUGCAGAGGACAGACUGCCAGGUCGAGUAUGAACAAAGAGGGGAGACGUAUCUGAAGGGUAAAGGCAAAGAGAUGACAUACUGGUUAACAGGAAUAACGGGGGCCAAAUACAACCUGCCGACACCACCAACAGCGGAGAACUUCCAGCGGCUCCAGCAGGACCUGGCAGAGAUGAUCGUGUCCAGUCUGGAGAAGCGUGAAGACAGGAGCCUCAAAAAGACGCUGUCCACUAAAGUCCAUGAGAGGGAGACAAACGGCAGCCUGCAGGGGGACAGCUCUCCAGAGUACUUCCAUCUGGCCGUCACUGACAGCCCCAGUACCCUCCUGUGAUUAUAGAGGAACCAUCCGUACAGUAUAAGUAGAAGUUGUGUCAUAGCCUGCAACACCUGCCUGGGUCAGCACAGCUAAAGGUUUUGUGGACAGCUUUGUGUUCAUUCAGGCGGUGGAGUCACAGUGGAGCGGCUGUGGGACAAGCGGGCGUGUUCCAUGUUAAAAAGGAUCUCUGUUUUCUUUUUACCCUUUGACACUUUUCCCCCUCAACGCCUCUCCCUGUGCCUCAUGAAAUCACUCAUGUUUGUUGAGUUUUGUUGAGGCACAUUUACUUUUCACUGUAGCUGUGUUGCACACUACAUCACUAUCUGCCCUGUUAUUCAUGGAAGUGAGAGAGGAACAGAAACAAAUAAUAAAUCUAAAGAGAAACAAACUCAAAGGUAAUGCCUUUUUUUACUCUAAAUAACUGGUCAUCAUUUUUUAAUGUAGCUGUACUAGCUGCCGGCUGCUUUGUUACGACCACUAGGGGGUGCAAAAGUAAGAUAUUUUCACAUUCCACAAAUUAUCCAUAAAUUAAACCUUGACCUGUUUUAGGUGGAUCUUUCCUCUUAAAAAGAUACAAACAAAAGUGCUGUGGGUUUAAAAGACACAUGUCUUUUGGAAUUUGCAGUGGUGAAAGAGUUUUUCAGAUACUGUACUUCAGUAAAAGUAUCAAAAUGACACUGAAAAUACUCCACUUCAAGUUUAAAAGUAAAGAAUAUUCUCAUUCAAUCUUGAAGAUAUGUUGUUUCCACAGGAGAGGAGGGAGAUGAGGAACUGUAAUCUGAAAAGUAACUUAAACUGUGAGACAAAUGUAGUAGGUUAAAAAGUACAAUAUUUCCCUCUGAGAUGUUGUAGAAGAGUUGCACAAAUUCGUUCUCAAGUAUAGUAUUUAGUAAAUGUACUUAGUUACAUUCCACCACUGGUAAAUUGUAACAUACAUCUCUACCUUUGCCUAAUCCUGUGCUGUGGACAAAGGUAAGUCACACAUCACAGCUACAGUACAUGUAGUCCACCUAACAGCUCCAUUGAAUAAACAGACGGGCAGUUCUCUCCAAAGAAUGAGAUGAUAUUGAAUGUACUUUUCUUGACUUUACUUCAAACAGUUCUCUGUUUAUGUUUAGAUGUUGCCUGCAGGAAGCGUAUUGAUUGAGAGGCUUUGACACAAUUAUUUACCAUGUAAAUAGCCUUUUUUUCUGCUGCACGGGCAGUGAAAUGCAUAUCCAAACAGUUCUUGUCAUUAUAGAGAAGUAGAUCUGAGAAUAGUUCUCUUUCACAGUACAACUCUGCUACCUUGUUUCCAGAACAUCAGAAAUAUUUCUGUGGUGAUUUCGGUUUUGUGUUUUAUUAAAUGAUGUUUGAAAUA